AUGGCGAAGCCCAUCCCCAUCGAGGUGUGGAACCCCAGCGGCAAGUACCGCGUGGUGAGCACCAAGUCCAUGCCGGGCACGCGAUGGAUCCGCCUGCUCACCGACAACGACUGCCGCCUUGAGGUAUGCACCGAGCAGAAGACCAUCCUCUCCGUGGACGACAUCCUGGCGCUCAUCGGCGAUCGCUGCGACGGUGUGAUUGGACAGCUCACCGAGGACUGGGGGGACGUUCUCUUCUCUGCGCUCAAGCGCGCCGGAGGCACGGCCUUCAGCAACAUGGCCGUCGGCUACAACAACGUCGAUGUGGUGGCUGCCAACAGGAACGGCAUCGCCGUCGGCAACACGCCUGGCGUUCUGACGGAGACGACGGCUGAGCUCGCUGCCUCCCUCACGCUGUCGGCAGCCAGGAGGAUCGUCGAGGCCGACCAGUUCAUGAGGGCUGGCCUCUACGACGGAUGGCUCCCACACCUGUUCGUUGGCAACCUGCUCAAGGGGCAGACUGUUGGAGUCAUUGGAGCUGGUCGCAUUGGCUCCGCCUAUGCACGCAUGAUGAUUGAGGGCUUCAAGAUGAACCUCAUCUACUACGACCUGUAUCAGGCCACACGCCUUGAGAAGUUUGUCACAGCAUAUGGGCAGUUCCUGAAAGCAAACGGUGAGGAGCCUGUCACCUGGGAGAGGGCUGCCACCAUGGAGGAUGUCCUCAGGGAGGCUGAUGUGAUAAGUCUGCAUCCGGUGCUGGACAAGACCACUUACCAUCUGAUAAACCCUGAGAGGCUGGCCAUCAUGAAGAAGGAUGCUGUUCUUGUGAACGCAAGCCGAGGGCCCGUGAUCGAUGAGGUCGCCCUGGUGGAGCACCUCAAGGCUAACCCCAUGUUCCGUGUCGGGCUCGACGUCUUUGAGGAUGAGCCUUACAUGAAACCUGGACUGGCUGACAUGAAGAACGCCGUCGUUGUGCCGCACAUUGCAUCAGCCUCCAAGUGGACACGUGAGGGAAUGGCAACACUGACUGCUCUCAACGUUCUUGGUAAGAUCAAGGGGUACCCUGUGUGGGGAAACCCCAAUCAGGUGGAGCCCUUCUUGGACGAGAAUUCGACGCCACCGCGUGCUUGCCCAAGCAUCGUUAAUGCCAAGCAGCUUGGUUGGUGA